GCGCUGCACCCGACUGGUGGGAGCAGGACCUGGGUCGGCACCGGAGCCUGUCAUCCCGGAGCGGUCCGCGGGGGUGCAGAGACGGCGAUGCGCCCCUGUCCCCCGCACCCGGGCCGCUCCGGGCUCGCGCCUCCCGCCCCGCGGCCCCGCCCCCUGCCCCACCCCAGCCGGGAGGCUUAGCUGGGGCCGCAGCGCGGCGGCAACAUCACUCUCGCCGCCGCUGCUCCGCCCCAUCCCCUUCUGUUUUUCUCUCUCAUUCUCCAGUGGCGGCGGCGGGGAAGGCGGAGGCAGAGGCAGCAGCAGCCGCGCUGGCUGCAAUGAAUGAUCCCCCAGCUUGGGGGGAGGACUCCAGGUGAGACUCUGCCCUCGGGAGGCCGGGGACCCCCGGCCGCCCACGACCGGCAGCCCACGCUAUGGAUCCCUAGAGGAAGGAGGAGAAGACAGCUCGCCGCCCACCCCCAUCCCAUUUUCCUCUUCCUUUAUCUCAUUGUUGCCGAAGCUGUUUACGGCAGCGCUCCCUCUGCUCCAGCAUGGGGCGGGCUCCGGGCACGGCUGCUCGGCAGGCGCUGCUCCCGCGGCGAGUGGGGGAUUCUGCCUAAUUCACCUCCCAGCCGGUGCAGAGAGGACCGGAGAGCGGUGGAGGCCCGGACUGCAGCAGCGUUGGGGCCACCUCCCAGCGUCCCCACCCUAGGAGGCUGCAUGCGGAUUGAAGAGCGGCGCCUGUGGGCUGGGCUGGCCCCGCUGAUCCCGACCUAGCGAGCAGGAUAGCAGGACCUCCCAGGCUGCGGAGGGGCUCGGGGGCAGGAAGGUCAGAGCAGCAAGAUGGCCAGUAAGACCAAGGCCAGCGAGGCCCUCAAGGUGGUGGCCCGGUGCCGCCCCCUCAGCAGGAAGGAGGAGGCUGCUGGUCACGAGCAGAUCCUGACCAUGGACGUGAAACUGGGCCAGGUGACCCUGCGGAACCCCCGCGCUGCCCCGGGGGAGCUGCCCAAGACCUUCACCUUUGACGCCGUGUAUGAUGCCAGCUCCAAGCAGGCCGACCUGUAUGACGAAACCGUGAGGCCCCUGAUAGACUCCGUGCUCCAGGGUUUCAAUGGCACGGUGUUUGCCUAUGGCCAGACGGGCACUGGCAAGACCUAUACCAUGCAGGGGACCUGGGUGGAGCCCGAGCUGCGCGGGGUCAUCCCGAAUGCCUUUGAGCACAUCUUCACCCACAUCUCCCGCUCCCAGAACCAACAGUACCUGGUCCGGGCCUCCUAUUUGGAGAUCUACCAGGAAGAGAUUCGAGACCUGCUCUCCAAGGAGCCGGGCAAGAGGCUAGAGCUGAAAGAGAACCCCGAGACUGGCGUCUACAUCAAGGACCUCUCCUCCUUCGUCACCAAGAAUGUCAAGGAGAUUGAGCAUGUGAUGAACCUGGGGAACCAGACCCGGGCUGUGGGCAGCACCCACAUGAACGAGGUCAGCUCCCGCUCCCACGCCAUCUUCAUCAUCACUGUGGAGUGCAGCGAACGUGGCUCUGAUGGCCAGGACCACAUCCGAGUGGGCAAGCUCAACCUAGUGGACCUGGCUGGCAGUGAGAGGCAGAACAAGGCAGGCCCCAACACAGCGGGAGGGGCAUCCACACCAUCCUCGGGUGGCAGUGGUGGCGGUGGAGGCAGUGGUGGCGGUGCUGGUGGAGAGAGGCCUAAGGAAGCCUCCAAAAUCAACCUCUCAUUGUCUGCCCUGGGCAACGUGAUUGCUGCCCUGGCGGGCAACAGGAGCACCCACAUUCCCUACCGGGACUCCAAGCUGACCCGGCUUCUCCAGGACUCCCUGGGGGGGAAUGCCAAGACCAUCAUGGUAGCCACACUGGGGCCAGCUUCUCACAGCUAUGAUGAGAGCCUCUCCACCCUGCGCUUUGCCAACCGAGCCAAGAACAUCAAGAACAAGCCCCGGGUGAACGAGGACCCCAAGGACACACUGCUGCGGGAAUUCCAAGAGGAGAUUGCCCGCCUGAAGGCCCAGCUGGAGAAGAGGGGGAUGCUGGGGAAGCGGCCCCGGAGGAAGAGCAGCCGCGGGAAGAAGGCCGUGUCCGCCCCGCCUGGGUACCCUGAGAGCCCAGUGAUUGAGGCCUGGGUGGCAGAAGAGGAGGAUGACAACAACAACAACCACCGCCCGCCCCAGCCCAUCCUGGAGUCAGCCUUGGAGAAGAACAUGGAGAAUUACCUGCAGGAACAGAAGGAGCGGCUGGAGGAGGAGAAGGCAGCCAUCCAGGAUGACCGCAGCCUGGUGAGUGAGGAGAAGCAGAAGCUGCUGGAGGAGAAGGAGAAGAUGCUGGAGGACCUGCGGCGGGAACAGCAGGCCACAGAGCUGCUUGCGGCCAAGUACAAGGCCAUGGAGAGCAAGCUCCUCAUUGGGGGCAGGAAUAUCAUGGAUCACACCAACGAACAGCAGAAGAUGUUGGAACUGAAGAGGCAGGAGAUUGCCGAGCAGAAACGUCGUGAGCGGGAGAUGCAGCAGGAGAUGAUGCUCCGAGACGAGGAGACCAUGGAGCUCCGGGGCACCUACACGUCCCUGCAGCAGGAGGUGGAGGUCAAAACCAAGAAACUCAAGAAGCUCUACGCCAAGCUGCAGGCGGUGAAGGCGGAGAUCCAGGACCAGCAUGAUGAGUACAUCCGCGUGCGGCAGGACCUGGAGGAGGCGCAGAACGAGCAGACCCGCGAACUCAAGCUCAAGUACCUAAUUAUCGAGAACUUCAUCCCGCCAGAGGAGAAGAACAAGAUCAUGAACCGGCUUUUCCUGGACUGUGAGGAGGAGCAGUGGAAGUUCCAACCACUGGUGCCAGCCGGCGUCAGUAACAGCCAGAUGAAGAAGCGGCCAACAUCUGCAGUGGGCUACAAGAGGCCUAUCAGCCAGUAUGCUCGGGUUGCCAUGGCAAUGGGGUCCCACCCCAGGUACAGGGCUGAAAACAUAAUGUUCCUGGAGUUGGACGUGUCCCCUCCAGCUGUCUUUGAGAUGGAAUUCUCUCACGACCAAGAACAAGACCCUCGUGCGCUACACAUGGAGAGGCUCAUGCGAUUGGACAGCUUUCUGGAAAGACCUUCCACGUCUAAAGUCCGAAAGUCCAGAUCCUGGUGCCAGAGUCCUCAGCGGCCUCCACCUUCCACCACACAUGCCUCCCUGGCCUCUGCUUCUCUGCGCCCUGCAACAGUGGCGGACCAUGAGUGACAACCAUCACGUCAGGCUGCCCAUCCAAUAGACUCCUGGGAUGGGGCAGCCAACCCUGGCUCAUCUCAUCUGCCGCUUGGUGCGUGUGCGUGUGCGUGCAUGUGCGUGUGCGUGUGUGCAGGGGUGAGAAUCUGGCAGACGGUGCCUCUGCCUGCUCUUCUUCGCCUCCUUUAUUUAAUUCAUGUUAUUUAUUCGCGGAGCUCAGUUCGUGUUGGGGAGAUGCCCUCGCCUGAGCUGUCUGGGCCUACCAUGGUCACUGCAUAGCCUCUUUUUCUUCUGACUUGAGAGCUCCCGCAAUCAGAUCUCAGGCAUGUCCCCCUGUCAGCUGCCUCCAGAAGGGAAGGUAGCCAGUGCCUGAGAAGACAGUCCCUUUUCUACCCACCGCACUCCAUAACCUCCAUCUUCUCCCACACUGAUGGCGAGCAGCCCCUGAGCACUUUCUGGGACUAGGAGACUGCUUGGUAUUCCCUGAGGACAAGAGACAUCCUGACAGUGUUGGGCAUCUGCUCCCUGUGGACACAGCCCCACUCUCCACUUUCUGAGCCUCAGACAACCUCAUUCAGCCUCUUGGGCUCCUUUUCAAGGACAUUAAUAACCUCACCAACCUAGCUCAUGCCCUUCAGCUUUAACAAGAACUCACGGCUUCCCAAACUCUGCUUUCUGCCCACCUUGGAUGGGAACUGUGGACCAACCAGUUACCAUCACCUUGGAACCUGCAGGAAAUGGAACAGCAAUUGAGACAACUGGAACAGUCAUCAACGGAAGUCCUUCCACCAGAUCCCUUUGUUUCUGUCCCCUCCGAGGAGUUAUUUUGAUCGACAGGCCCUCAAGGCAACUCCCCAUUUUCAAGAGGCUGCUCCUGCCUGCUUUGAUCAUUUCUCCCUGCAGCUGCCUAGACCCCGUUCACAGUGAGAGGAGUCAAUGUCAUUCUACCCGUGGCUAAACGAAGAUAUUAACGUCUAUUGCUUUUUCCCUUCAUCUGUCACAGGAAACAGAAGCCCAGGCACAAUCUUUUCCAGCUUUGCCUGUUACCCCUGUUUCUGAAUUGCAUCUUUAAGGUAUUAUUUUGUUGAAAAUAGAUCCUUUAUUCACUAGUUACGCAAAUUGGUUCCUAGGGGGAUACUCCUUACCUUCCUUUGUGAUGAUCCAAAAUGUCUCCAGGUAUCUCAAGUGAUAAGUAAAUUUCUACAAAAAAAAAAA